AUGCGUCGUUGUUCGAUUCUUGUCACGUUCCUGUUCUGCAUUGAUCACGUUGCAUUUUUGGACGGCGUCAGUGUCCACAAUUGGUCAUCCAUAUUUAACAACCAGCCGUCAAAGAACUGGGUUUUCCUGGUCGCUGGUACCAACACCUGGGAAAAUUAUCGACAUCAGGCUCCAUGCACCACUCUGCCUGUUGUCGUAAAUUCACGUGUUAUUUGUGUUCUGAUUCAGGCGGACGUUUUUCACGCGUAUCAGGUCGUGCGUAAAAACAAUGUUCCACCGGAAAAUAUAAUUACCUUCGCCUACGACGAUAUUGCAAACAAUCCCAGAAAUCCGUUUAAAGGCCAAGUGUUCAAUGACUACAAUCACCUAGAUGUCUACAGGGAUGUGGUAAUUGACUACCGUGGAAAAGAUGUCACACGGGAUAAUUUCGUGAAAGUGCUGAGAGGCGAUAAGACACUUGAAGCCAACGAGAAGAAGGUGCUGAAAAGCGGUCCCGAUGACAACGUGUUCAUCUUCUUCUCUGGCCAUGGUUCGACUUCCCUUAUUGCCUUCAUGGGAGAAUAUCUGCAUGCCAUGGAGUUGAACGAUACCCUCGCCUACAUGCAUUCAAAGAAAAAGUUCAACAAAUUGGUGCUGUACACGGAGGCUUGCAAAUCUGGCUCUAUGUUUAAGGAUGUUCUUCCUUCAAAUAUGGGAAUCUACGUGAUUACCUCAGCCACUGAAGUUGAAGAUUCCUGCGCUGCUUUUUGUGUGGACUCGAAAAUCGAUGUUUGUCUGGCGAACGAAUUCUCGUAUGAAUGGAUUGCAGAUUCGGAACGGAAUGACAUCAAAAAGCGUACACUGAAGGAACAGUACACGGCGGUGAAAAGGAGGACGUUGUUAAGUCACGUGAUGAAAUACGGUGACAUGAGGAUGGAAAGUCUCCCAGUUGGAAAGUUCCAAGGUCAUUAUGAUCUACUGAAGCAUCGCAAUAACGGAAAUUUGGUACUUGACCACAUCGUAGGGGAAAUGUUUCGCGACAUCGACGUGGAUGUGACAACCCACCAUAAGCCAACGAUAAAGGGUUUAUCCAAGAGGGAUGAGCUCAUGUGUUUCAAGGCAGUCCCAGAGGUAGCCAAGCACACAACUCAUCUAAUGGAUUUGUGCAAAGCCGGGUACAAUCCCGAAAUGCUCAUCGAGUCUGUCCGCAACGUCUGUUCCUAA